AUGUCUCAUUCAAUCACUUUCCCAUGGAUUACGGUAGGCAAUCGUGGAACUCGCUACACGGCCCUCUCAUUCUCCGCCGUCGUUAUCACUCACCCACGCUGCCGAAUCGUCUAUCUCUCCCCCUACCCGCCUACAGCAAACUCUCCUCUCCCACCCCAUCAGCGCUACUCCCACAGCCGCCCUACCACACUACAUCACACCACACCUUCCAACCUCUGCCCGUAUAGCCCAACCCCCCAUUCACCCCCUAACCCCGCCAUCGACCUACCUGACGCCCAACCCUCUACCUCUCGGCCCAGCACUCCGCCGCCAUCCCUCAUUCACCUCACUACCGCGACGAGCUCCCGACGUGGCGGGAAAACAUGCAGAGCACAGAAACGGUUCGGGCUGCGGAGCACAACUAGCUGA